CGGAACCGUUUCUUUCUUCGAUUGAGCAGAAUUCUACACUACUGCAUCAAUUGACUACAGAGAAAGAACAUUCGUUGGCCAGAGAGCUCUGUCGGGAGGCGACAGCAGAAUCAAUUGACAGUGAUUCGUUCCUUCGCGUACUGCAGUGACGAGAGUGUGUGGGGUAGGAGUCCACGGCACGGUGGGAGCACGGAUAGAGCCGCUUUCGUCGUGGCUGUCUGAAGAAUGGGCAGGAGAACCACACAUCGUAGAUUGUUUCCCGCACUCGCUCUGAUUUUCGCCGAUUUGAUCAUGUCUACGGCGUAUUCGUUGGCGUGGCGAACGUCCGCUGCGUGUUGGACGACUACCACCGGUACGGCGCGUUCACGGUCGCGGAUUGCGACCACCAGAAAGGUGCGCCGGAGUCGUCCCAAUCCCUGCAAUCCGCGGCAUCCCGUGGCAUUCUCCUUUUUCGGCACGUCAACUCGUCGUUGUCGGUCAUCGGGAAGUCUGUACGGCGAGAUUGAUGCGGAUGCGGAAGGACCAGAUUCGCCUCGUGCGGACGAUCGUUCCCGACCACCGCCACCAACGACAUCUUCGCUGAGCAGAUCCGAAACUUUACCGCCCAUUCCCCCCAACGCACACCGGGUUGUACUCAUGCGGCACGGAGAAAGUGAAUUCAACAACGCCAACAUCUUUACCGGCUGGUGUGACGUUGCCUUGACACAGCGUGGGGUGGUGGAAGCCGUCGAAGCCGGCCAAGUCUUUCGUUCCCACGAACUACACUUUCGCAAGUGCUACACAUCCUUACUCACCCGGUCCAUUGUCACGGCACACCGUUCCCUCGAAGCCGCCGGCGUGUCCUACACACCCAUUGUUUACGAUUGGCGCCUCAACGAACGCCACUACGGCGCCCUCCAGGGUCUCUCCAAAGAGCGGACAGCCGAUCGUCUAGGUCGUACACGAGUUAUGAAAUGGCGACGGUCCUACGAAGCCCGCCCCCCACUCAUGCAGCCGGGUCAUCCGCACUACGACACGAUCAAUCAAGAUCCCCGCUACCACACAUUGACCGAUCUGCCUUUAGGAGAAUCAUUGGAAGAGUGUCAAACCCGAGUUGUGGAAUCCUGGAGAGAGAUUGUGGCGGAUAUUGCCGGAGAGUUAUCGCGCUCCGACGAGGAUGACAGUGCAGUCCGCGAUUCGCCGUAUUCCUUGGUCGUGGCGCACGCCAAUUCCCUGCGGGCUUUGGUGAUGCACUUGGAUGACAUUCCGGCGCACGAAAUUGAAAGUCUCAACAUACCCACCGCCAUUCCGUUUUAUUACGACGUGGAUGUAACGACCGGUGCGGUCCUCUUGGCAUCCCGAGAUGCAUCAGCAUCACCGGAUGGACAGAGCGAUGCGAAUCGCUCGGGGAGUCACGGAGGAUUGGGUACGGGCGUGUUCCGUGGCGUGUAUAUUGCCGACGAGCGCAAAAAGCGGUCGUUUUUGGAACGUCGACGAGCGGCCAACGAUCCGUGGUUGUGGGCGCUGCACGAUCACCAAGUGGAACGGAGCAUGCUGGUGGCACCCAAUGAAGACAACGAGGAAGCCGACUUGUCCGCCGAUGCGGAAGCUUUGGAAGGCAUGGAACAGGAGGCCAAACAAAACACCGAGACGCAUUCGGUGGUAUCGUAUUGGUAG